ACUUCAAAGUACCACUUAGCUGAAUAUACUUAUUCAUUAUUGACCGUACAAUGGAAGUGAAUCCCGUGACUAUCAGACAUAAGUCUGAAGAACAACCUGACAAUGACAAUGACCAGGAAAAGCAACAAGACCAAGAACAGGAACAAAGAACAUCAGAACCUCAAGCUCUCGAACAAGUUGCCGUGGCCUCUGCUAAAGAUGAAGUAACUGAAUUCUUUGAAGGAGUUGAAUCAGAUGAUGAGCCUGCCGUAAGUAAAGAUAAUGAUAAUCAAAACGAUAACGAUAAAGAGAACGGUUCUGAAGCCGAAGAUAACUAUGAACCCGAACUUCAAGCUGAGCCUCAACCGGAGCUUGCAUCUCCAUCUCAAUCUCAAGCUCAAUCUCAAUCUCAGCCUGAAGCCCAAAAUGAAGAAGAAGAUGAUGAUUAUGAUCCUACUGCCGCAUUCAAAGAAGAUGAUCAUGAACCUCAACCCAAACAAGAAACUGAGGAGGAUGAUUUUGAUUAUGAUCCCGAAGGAGUAGUUGUUUCAACUGCUACUACUACUAAUCCUAUUUCUCAUGAAUCUCCUCCAGUAGUAUCUUCUAUUUUGAAAGGUAAAACUCCUCCAGCUGGUUUACCACCUAAACCUCCUGUUAUUGCUAAAGUAGCAGCAUCUCCUACUUUAACUCCAAUGGCAAUUACAGGUGAUGCUCAACAAGAAUUGAGAGAUGCUUAUUCUCAAAUAAUGCAAAGUGAUCUAGUUAAUAACCCAGGUUUUGUAAAUCUCCUGCAAGCAGAACAAAUGAAAUUAAUUGUUAAUGAAUUGACCAAAAAAGAUAUUCAAUUAAAUAGUUCAAGAAUUAAUUAUGACCAAGUUUAUUCCUAUAAUAAGCCAUUCAAAAAUUUAAAAGAUCCAAUUCCAUUAAUUCCAAUCAAUGAAUAUUGUCGUAGACCAAAUAUUACUGCUCCAAUGACUCCUGAAGAAGAAGAACAAUAUGAUGAAUUUAUAAAAACAGAAUCUUAUUAUAUGGAUUUACAAAAUUGGGAUGAAUUUCCUGAUAAACUGAGAUUAUUUAUUGGAAAUUUACCAGCAAAUACAAUUUCCAAACAAGAUUUAUUUAGAAUUUUUUCUCAAUAUGGUGAUGUUAUACAAAUUGCUAUAAAGGCAGGUUAUGGAUUUGCACAAUUUAGAACAGCAGAAGCAUGUUAUGAAUGUAUUAAAGGUGAAACUAAUGUACCAUUACAUAAUAAAAUCAUGAGAUUAGAUGCAUCAAAACCUCAAAAAUCAAGAAGAGCAGGUAGACCUGAUAUUAAUAAUCCAAAUCUUUCAUCAUCAGGACGAGAAAGAUUUAGUGAAGAAGGUAAUAAUAAAAAGAAGAGAAAAAUUUUACCUGAUUGUCAAAUUUAUAUUACUGGUAAAUCAUCAGUUUAUUAUAUUAGAAAAGUUAAAAAGGCAUUUGCUUCUUCACAAAUUACAGUUGAUACUGAAGAUGUAACUCAUAGAGAUAUAAAUGAUGUAAUUAGUGAAGCAGCUUAUUCAGGAGUAUUAGGAACUUGUGUAGUUAAAGAAUUAAAAGUUGAUGUUCAAACUUUUGAAAGUACCCCUGAUGGAGGAGUUAAAUUUGAUGAAUAUGCUGAUGUUGAUCCUGAAGUUGCAGCUGAUAUACUUUCAAAAGCUAAAGUUAAAAAAUAUGGUAAUAAUAUGCCAACUUAUUAUCCUCAAGAUACUUCAUAUAAUGAUAAUUCAUUAAGAUCUCAAUCUUCAUCUCAAUCUCAAUCUCAACCUUAUGGUUAUCAAGGUCAAGGAUCAUCUCGUGGUCCUAAUCCUUAUGAUAAUCCUUAUAGUAGAAAACGUUCAUAUAAUGAUGAAUCAAGUAAUCAAAGAAGUGGUGGAAGUUAUGGUGGUGGUCAUAGUAGAGGUGGUAGAGGUAAUUCAAGAAGUGGUAGAGAUAGAGGUGGUCCAUCAUAUGCCAAUCCAAAUCAAAAUUGGUCUAAUCAUCAACAAGCUCCUCCUCCAUCAACUUAUGGUCAACAACAACAAUAUCCAUAUGGUGGACAUGGUGGACAAGGACAAGGACAAGGACAAGGUCAAUACUAUAACCAACCUAAUUCCCAAUAUGGUCAACAACAACAACCACCAUAUAACCAAUACAGUCAAAGUCCUAAUCCUAAUACACAACCAAAUGUCAAUCCAAAUCAGAAUCCUGAUCCUAAUGCAAUUAUGCAACAAUUACAAGGAAUGAAUCCCGCAGAACUUCAACAGUUGGUUAGUACAUUACAACAACAACAACAACAUUCACCACCUCAACAACAAAUAUCACCAUUCCAACAAUCUCAAGGUUAUGGAGGUGCACCACCAAGAAAUAAUUAUGGUGGAGGUUAUGGACAACAACAAUCACCAUAUGGAGGACCUCAACAAAGUCCAAGUGGACAAGUUGAAUCACUUUUAUCAAGAAUUCAAUCGAAUAAUUCAGGAUACUCUCAACCUCCACCUCAACAACAAUCUCAACAACGUCCAUCUUCUCAACAACAAUCUCAACAAACUCCAUAUAGUAGUCAAGCACUUUUAGAUACAUUAGCCAAAUUGACCAAGAAGUAAAGUAAACAUAAAUCAUAAAU